AAAAGAAAUUGUACUGGCGAAACGUUAAUCGUUUCAAAUUUCAUAAUCAUACUGUUGAGGUUUUGUCUUAAAAGCGAAAACCGUUAUUGAAAAAGCGAUGGACGUGGAUAUAAAAGAAGAGCCUUCCAUCGAAAUUGAAGGAUACAUGCUAAUAGAUGCUACAGUGGGACAAAACUUCGGGUUUUCUGAAGACGAUCAAGACAGUCCUAGAAAAAAACGUAAACGAUCUGACAAAAGUGAGAACAUCGGGGCUUACAAUGCGACCGACGAAAUGCAAAAGCUUUUGCGUAAGUGGGGACUGGAGGUCCUGUGCGAAAGAUUCUCCAAAAAUCUCAUCGACUUGAACGUACUGGAUUACAUAGUGGACGUCGACAUCGUGGAUUUGUGUCGAGAUCUUCCAAUUAGGUACCGGUUGAUAUUGCGGCAUAAACUGGCAGAAAAGCGUGGAAAAUGUGUGCAUAAUUUAGAUUCGAACGAGCGAAAGGAGAAAGCGAAUAGUUUAAGAUUUACGAAUGCAUACGAAAAAUCAAGAGGGGAGCCCAUGCUGCGUCAUAGUGAUGAGCAUCUCCCAAAACGAGCCAAAUGUCCAAUUGAUAUGGUACUUAAUAGACCCUUUGCAACACGAUCCGAAGAAGAGAAAAGUCUACUGAUUUCGAUGGAAAUUCCACGUCCAUCCAUGCCAGCGUUGAAAAGUUCCCGCAAGAUGAAUGCUGGUAAAUCGACGGUGACUCGGAAAUUUUCCCGAACCAGUUACGAAUCAGCAUGGUGGCUAUGUGGAUCACAGAAGCGCAAUAAGCUUUUUUGCUGGCCGUGCUUGCUAUUCAGCCAGCCUACUGAUCCCUUGAAUGCCGUAUGGAGCAAAAAGGGCUUCAAUGAUCUGAACCAUAUCAGCUCUUCUAUCAAAGUUCAUUCCACAUCUCAGAGGCAUAUCGAUAAUAUAAAUGCCUACAAACACUACGGACAACCACCGGCUACGAUGGAUAAUGAAAUGCAGUCUGGCUCAGGGAUAGAAAAUGGUGUCAAUAAUCCGAAACGAAGUAUAACAAUGCGAAAAGUCUCAUCGAACGAUAAUAGUAAAAAUGCGAAUGACAAGAAGAUGGCUAAUAAGUCACCUGUAGCUAACGCGUCAGCAACUUUGGAAGAUGACCAUUCGCAUAUAGUGAAUAUCCUGAAUCAGGAUGUGAAACUACAAUCAAGUAAACCUCCGUCAGACCGAGCGUAAAUUCAAGCGAAUUAUUCAAC